GCACUCAAUCCUCCCUGUCCCUAUCCAAUAAAAAACUAAUUUCCUGUUAUAAACUCUUUCAGGAAAUGCUGGAGUCUUGGCUAACAGAUCCACUUUUGCCUUUCCUUUCCUUUUCUCUCUCUACACGCCAUUUUCUCAGAGAGGGAAAAAAAUCACCACCGUCAAAAUGGCAUUUCACCGGCGGCGCAACCACUACUACAAACGUUUCCGGUCUGUUCUGCCUUUAAUAUCCGCUGUUUCCGGAGUUCUUCUCAUUCUCUUUGGUCUUCUCACAUUUCUCGCUCCUGCACCGAUUGAUACUAACAAUCCCCAUCAUAAGAACUUGAUGUACACUGCAAAUGAUGUUGUUGAAGAUACGAUUGGAAAGCCUGGAGAACCUGUUCUUCACAUACCGAUAAAAGGGAGGAAGGAUCGUGAUGUUUGGAGCUCGAGAAACUCGAAAUAUUUCUAUGGAUGCAGUAAUGCUAGCAACAAGUUUCCGAAUGCUGAUGCGAUUACACAUCCCAAUCGGUACUUGCUGAUUGCUACCAGUGGAGGCUUAAAUCAGCAAAGGACUGGGAUUACAGAUGCUGUUGUUGCUGCUCGUAUUUUGAAUGCUACUCUUGUUGUUCCAAAGCUAGAUCAGAAGUCUUUUUGGAAAGAUUCAAGUGAUUUUUCAGAGAUUUUUGAUGUUGAUUGGUAUAUUUCUUCUCUGGCAAAUGAUGUCAAAAUCAUUAAAUCUCUCCCAAGAAGGAGAGGGAAAACUUGGAUUCCGCGUAAUAUGCGUGUUCCAAGGAAGUGUAGUGAGAGAUGUUAUCAAAAUCGUGUAUUACCUGUUCUUUUAAAAAGGCAUGCAAUUCAGCUCACAAAGUUUGAUUAUAGACUCGCAAAUAAGUUGGAUACACAAUUGCAAAAGUUGAGAUGUAGAGUCAAUUACCAUGCUUUAAAGUUUACGGAUCCUAUUCUUCGAAUGGGUGAGAAAUUGGUCCAUCGAAUGCGGAUGAAAAGCAAGCAUUUCAUUGCCUUGCACCUGAGGUUUGAACCUGAUAUGCUGGCAUUCUCUGGAUGCUAUUAUGGUGGAGGUGACAAGGAAAGGAAGGAACUUGGUGCAAUAAGGAAGAGGUGGAAAACUUUACAUGCAAGUAACCCUGAUAAGGAAAGGAGGCAUGGAAAAUGCCCGCUAACUCCAAAAGAAGUUGGCCUUAUGUUGAGAGCACUGGGUUAUGGAAGUGAUGUUCAUAUUUACGUGGCAUCUGGAGAAGUGUAUGAUGGGGAAGAUACAUUGGCACCCUUAAAAGCACUCUUCCCAAACUUCUAUACAAAAGAGACUUUAGCCAGCAAGGAGGAGCUGGAACCAUUUUCUUCAUUUUCUUCAAGAAUGGCUGCACUUGACUUCAUUGUUUGUGAUGAAAGUGAUGUGUUUGUUACCAACAACAAUGGUAAUAUGGCUAAAAUAUUAGCUGGACGAAGGAGAUAUUUUGGACACAAACCUACCAUUCGUCCAAAUGCUAAAAAACUGUAUAGAUUGUUCUUGAACCAAACUACCAUGUCAUGGGAAGCAUUUGCCUCUAAAAUGCGUACUUUCCAGAGGGGCUUCAUGGGGGAGCCAAAAGAAGUCAGGCCAGGCAGGGGAGAGUUUCAUGAGAACCCACACACCUGCAUUUGUGAAGAUUCUGAAGCCAAGGCAAAGAAAAACUCAGGACCUAGAAAAUAUGGGAAGGGGUAUGACGCACUGGGAGAUGAUAUACCAAGUGACUAUCAGAAUGUUGAUGAUGAGCCAGAAUUGCCUGAUCCUGAUGAUGAUGGAGACCAAGAUGGUCCUCAAGAGAAAGGUCAGUUCAAUGAAACCGGUAUGGAUUAUGAUGAAUUGACCAAUGAAGAACCUGAGUUGGAAGAAAUUCUUUCAGACUAGACAGAGUUACCUUGGGUUCUCCACCAUGCUUAACAAUUCUUCUGUUGAAUGUUUAAAAGAUGAUGCUGCCUAUACCCGACCUGCUGUAUAUAAAACUUCCAGGAUAGAGCCCCCCACAAUGCCCCCUCUGAAAACAAUGCCCCGAUAUCAAGAUACAAGAUACGACGCAGCUUUUUUAUUGAGUUAUUUACGACUGAGGUGUUGUGAGCAUCAUAUCCAGAAGUUGUGAUCCUUGAGUUGCACAUUGGAUCUUUCAUGAGUCUUUAGAGUUCAGCCUCAACGCAGUGAAAUUCAGGAAAUGGGUCUGAAGACAGAGUCGGAGUUGAGUCUUUUAAGUCUGAAGUUCUGCUAGAUUGAUGGUUAACGCCCCACUGAUUGUUCAACAGUUGAUGAGAGAUUGUAAAAUAGUCCUCUUCCUGAGGGGGAUACAAAAAAAAAAAAAGGAAAAAAAAAAUAGUUCGUCACAGUCGAAGAACUGUAUUCCUUCUCUUUCUGCCCCUUUGGUAAUUUUUCUUCAAGGCCGGCCAUUUUAGUGUUUUACAAGUGAGAUCACUGAACGCAAAGCUGAUAGGUCACGCCCAUGUACAUUGCUUAGGUAUUUUUUUUUAUCUUUUGCGUUACAUAUUUUCUUUGGACUUCAGUCAUUGCUGGUGGUUGGAGAGUGUUGUAAAAACUAGAAAUAUUGAAGAUUUUGUUAGUUAAGUUAAUUGAUGAAAUUGCGUGCCAUCUGGGAAACCAGUCCCACUAGAAAUAUACAAAGGCACGCAUGUACACAA